GCUACCGAAGACGCCCCGCCCUCUCUCUCCAGGGGCUCAAAGCGGCGCUGGCUAAGCGCGCGGGCCUCCGCGUUCUGCAGGCUCUUCGUCACGCGCAACGUCAUGCAAAGCACGCAAACAGGCUGAGAGGAAACAGCGAGGUUCGUUCCAGUGUGCAGUAAGGUACAUUUUGGGCAGUGCCCCCCCCCCCAAAUAGUGCGAUGUGAAGAUAUUCUGUCAUGCCACAUGGAGUGCAUAAAUCAACGAGGCCAAGUGGAUGCCAGCAAAGGAAAGCAAAAGAGGCAAGAAAUAAAUCACUCAAAACACUAGCUGGAUCCAUGCUUCAAUAUGUCAAAAGACCGGAUGAUGGCCAGGGUUCAUCAAAAGACACUGCUCGUCAGUCUCCAAUUGAAAAAGCUGAUUCUUCUGAUGCUAGCAUGCAUCAUAACCAUGAGGCAUCCGAAGAGCACCUACGUUGCAUUGAAAAGUGGAAAACAUUGGCAGCAGGACUUAGGCUGCACAAAACCAUUGACGCCGAAACUAUUGCUUUGAUGGAAAUGGAGAAGAAAAAGUGGAGGGACAUCUUGCACAGAUUGCUUGAUAUCAUAUUGUUUCUUGCCAAGUAGAAUCUGGCAUUCUGUGGCCACAAGGAAGAUGAAUCUUCAUUGAAUAAAGGGAACUUUCUUGAGAUGGUUGAGAUGCUUUCAAAAUAUGAUCCAGUGCUGAAAGAGCACCUAAUGAGAUUAAAGCGGAGCACAUGUAAACUUAAAGUAUCAGUCUCUUAUCUUGCACCAAAAACUCAGAAUGAGUUUAUAAGUGCCCUGGCAAAUCAUGUGAAGGAGAUGCUUGUCAUGGACAUAAAGUCUGCGAAGUACUUUGGGAUCAUGUUCGACAGCACACCUGACAUAUCACAUACUGACCAGAUGUCCGAAGUGAUCAGAUAUGUAAAAAUCAACAAUAGGAAAGUUGAAGUGAAAGAAGUAUUUCUAGGAUUUUUCCCUUUAAAGGGGAAAAAAACUGCUGACCUCAGUUCUGACAUUCUUAAAAAUCUGGAAAGUGAUGGACUAGACAUAAUGAUGUGCUGCGCUCAAGGUUACGAUAAUGCUGCCACUAUGGCUGGAAUCCAUGGAGGUGUACAAGCCAUCCUUAAGGGAAAGAACAAGAAAGCUAUUUUUAAUGGAUGUGUGGACCGUUCGCUUAACUUGUGCGGUCAGCACUCUUUUGCUGAAAAUGCAUCGUGUGUGACAUUUUUUUGGAACUCUUGAGAGAAUGUUUCCUUUCUUUGCUGCUUCCACCCAUCGAUGGGAUGUGUUAACUGACCAUACUGGAGUGUCACUGAAAAGGCUAUCAACAACACGCUGGAGUGCUCAUCAUGCUGCAGUUAAGCCGCUUAAAGAAAAGUUUGAUAAGUUUGUGGUGGCGAUUGAAGCUCUUUGUGAUCCACAUGAAAAUUUGGACACACGAGGUGCAGCACAAGGUCUUUUGCCUGCUGUCUGUGACUUCACUUUUCUGUGCUACCUGUACUUCUGGUGUGAUGUACUUCAGGAAGUUAAUCUUACACAGCAGUACCUGCAGACUAAGGGCUUAACUCUCGACAAGGUAGUGACAAAGCUAGAGACGCUAAGACUUUUUCUGCACAAGGAGCGCAGUCACCUAGUGGAGCAUGCAAUUGAACAGGCGCUUUUAAAAUCAGACGAAUAUGGAAUUGCAGUAGAGAGAAGAGCCAGGUUCAAGAAGAGGAUGGCAGGGGAGCAAGCAAGCGAUGCUGGACUCACUCUGCAAGAAGUAAAUAAGAGGAUGAUGCUUGAGUGCAUUGAUCGCUUUCAUUCUGAACUCCAGAUCAGAUCAAGAGCCAUCAAGGAAGUAGCAGCCAUAUUUGAGGCUGUUCAAGCAAAGAGUCUCAUAUCUGCCACUGAAGAAGAGUUAAAGGUGUCCAUUCCAAAAUUGACCACUUUCUAUGAUGAGGUAUCCGAGAGUGAGCUUUUAAUAGAAAUACCAAGGCUGAGAAGGCACCUGAAAGCAGCAGAGAUUGAUCUGGAAGAAGCCAAAGAUUGGGCAGUAUUAGACGUUUUGACAUUCAUAGCUGAAUGGGACUUUGUAGAAUCUCUCCCAACCCUUUCACUAAGCCUAAAAUUAUUUCUGACGAUUUGUGUGUCUGUGGCUUCAUGUGAGAGGAGCUUUUCAAAGCUGAAACUUAUAAAGAACUAUUUGCGAUCUACCAUGGGACAGUCAAGGCUUUCCGAUCUUGUGAUAUUAUCAAUUGAACGUGAGUUGGCGAAAGGCAUUGAUUUCGAUGAAGUGAUUCACAAGUUCGCAACUUUGAAGGCCAGGAAAGGAAAGUUCUGAUUUAGUCGAGUUGUUCACUAAGUGCUGAAAUGCUUGUGUAUUUGUUCCUGUUUGUUUUUUUUUGGUAUUAUUUCAUUUAUGAGUAUAUUUCCACAUGCAUUUGUCUACAACUUCUACAUUAUUUGGGCCGUUAUUGAUUACGCAAACCUAAUCCAUUAAUGUAUCUCAU